AUGGAUACCGAUAUGAUUAGAACCAUUGUCGGCAUUAUUGGCAAUGUCAUCUCUUUUGGCUUAUUUGUCUCCCCAAUCCCAACAUUUGUGAAGAUAAUCAAACAAAAAUCAGUUGCUGAGUUCAAGCCGGAUCCCUACAUAGUAACAUUGCUCAAUUGUGCUUUGUGGUCAUUCUAUGGUCUACCCAUAGUCCAUCCUGACAACCUUCUUGUUGUUACGAUUAAUGGCACUGGACUUGUCAUUGAAUUUAUUUACAUUGCCAUCUUUUUCGUAUUCUCUCCCGGAAAAAAGCACAUAAACAUCAUCAUUGCUGUUCUAGUUGAAGUUGUCUUCUUUGCCGUUGUGGUUUUCAUUUCUCUACACUUUUUCCAUGACACUAAAGGCCGGUCUAUGAUAAUUGGGAUCUUGUGUAUUGUCUUCAAUAUCAUUAUGUAUAAUUCAACUUUGACAGUCAUGAAAAUGGUCAUCAAGACAAAGAGCGUUAGGUACAUGCCAUUUUUCCUCUCACUCGCAAAUUUGAUAUAA